AACAACACUAUUUCAAGUUGAAUCAAAGGAAAAACAAUAAAAAAAGAAUUGUGAAAAUCGAAAUCGUUGCGAUUUUCAAAUAGCAAAGUUUACGUGUUAAAUUAUUAGUAAAACAAUCCGGAUCGAACUAAAAUCCAAAUAAAAAUGGAAUAUGAAAGUGUCCUCUUAGUAAAACCUGAAGUAUUCAUAUAUAAGAUUCCUCCAAGAGCUAAUAAUCGUGGUUACAGAGCUGCUGAUUGGAAUUUGGGAGAACCAACCUGGACUGGUCGCAUGCGUUUGGCCGCCAAGGGUACAACAUUAAAUCUUAAAUUAGAGGAUAAAACAACUGGAGGUCUCUUUGCUAAUUGUCCCAUCGACACAUAUCCUGGUGUUGCCAUUGAAUCUGUGUCGGAUAGUUCACGUUAUUUCGUAAUUAGGGUUCAAGAUGAUAAUGGUCGUUCCGCCUUUCUGGGCUUAGGUUUUGGGGAUCGUUCGGAUUCUUUUGAUUUAAACGUUGCUCUACAGGAUCAUUUCAAAUGGGUAAAGAAUCAAGAACAAAUUGAAAAAGAAAAAACCCAACCAAAACAGGAAUUAGAUUUAGGUUUUAAGGAGGGGGAAACAAUAAAAAUUAAUAUGAGAAUAACGAAAAAAGAUGGAUCUGAAGGUACCAGUCGUACAAAAGCUAAAACUGGUACAGGAAUCUUGCCACCACCACCUGGCGGGUUGGGUAAAAUAGCUCCACCACCAUCUGGUGCUGGUACAGUGCGUCAAAGUCCGGGUACCUCACCAGCUCAUAGGGUAUCCGGUAAUGCCACGGAAUGGACAGAUUAUGCCUCAGCUGGUUCUGCGCCAGCUCAAAAUCAGCAACAAAGCUCAUCAAAUGCUAAUUGGGUGCAAUUCUAAUUCUAUUCGUAUUGGAAUAAUAUAGAGAGAACAGAGUUAGAGACCGAGAAAAAAGAGUUUAUUAGUAAUAAAUCAUUGCUAGAAAAUAUAAUAUAAAAAUAACAACAAAAACAUUCGAAUAGGACACAAUACGAAUUAUAUUAUAAUCAGAAGGAGAAAAAUAAUUAAGAUAUAAAUUCAAUAUAUACAUUAAAUAUACAUUUAAUUGCAAAACAAAAUAUAUACAUAUAUGGAAAUACAAAAUUAGAUAUAAGGAAAAAACAAACAAAAACAAAAACAAAAAAAAAACAACAACUAUGGAUAUUCGAAACAAUAUAAGUUGUUAUUUCUUUACACACAAAAAAAAUCAAAUAAUAUUCGUUCCACAACAACAAAAUAUGAAUAAAAUUUAAAGAAUUUUGUUUUUUCUGGAAAUAUGAAAAAGUUCAUUAGCUAACCAUUCCCUCAUUGCCCACGAAAAAAGUAAGUGCAGCUGCCUUCUAGCCUGCUCCCACCACACAGAUAAUUACUAUACACUACUAUUUGAUGUGAAAAAGCUGCAGUAGUUCUACUGUUGCAGACUCUAGAGAAGGCAAUAUUAUUCAAAAUUAUUAAAAAUGAAAUUUACAAUUUGCUUAAAUGUUUACCAUAUUUAGGAUUUAUUAAUAAUGAUAAUAAUAAUAACAAGUUUUAUGUACAUUGUUACAAGAAAACAAACAACAAUAACAAUAAACUGUAUGUAUGUAUUAUUUUACAUUGUUAUCUCAGUUUAUCUACUUUGUAUCUCUAUAUACCAGUAUAUUUAAAGAAAACAAAACUGUACUAUUAAUCUAACACGAAUGAAAUAAAUAAUACAAAUACUUUA